AAAGAAAACCUCCUCGGGGCUGUCUUUCCCACGCUGGCCUUUUCUCCCACGCUCGCCAUUUUCCCAUCGCUCAUUCAUCAUCGUCGUCGUCGUCGAAUUCCAUCUCUGCCAUUUGCACCAGCCCUUGCCAACGACAACCGCAACCCCACUAACGUAUAAGACAAAACUUGAGUUACUGGCUCAUGCUCCUGAAUUCUCAUCACAAGAGCCCCAGCAUCACAAAACACAUUGAUUGUUAUCUGGCAAACGACAACAUCUCGCCGCCCCACUCUCCCGUACCAACAGUUUAUUCGACGCGUGACAUUGAGCUUUUAAACUACACAUCGCUUGAUUUUAUUCGUCCGGAGGUUCCUAGGGACCCACCGGUUUGCAAAUCUGCCAAGCUGCGUCAAAAGUACUUGUUGGCGCAACAGUCACCGGCUGCGCCGGCGGCUUCUGAAGGGGAGGGAUUCAAGUUUGGCGGGGCAGGUUCCUCGUCAAGUGCUCAAGGUGGCAUCUAUGCGCAUAAAAACCCAUCCACAUCCAGCCUUUCCGCGGGCCUCGCCGCUGCUGCGGCUGCACAUCGCUCAGAUUCGCCAAGACCACAACAGCAACCACAGCAAUCACAGCAAUCACAGCAGAGGAUUGGGGUAGGAGCGGUUGGGAUGGGCACGCCCGUGAUGGACAUGCGGGGUUUGGCCAGAGGGCAAACGCCUCCACCUCGCGCCAACAAUGGAUCUCCCUGCUCCGCAAACCGAACAACUCGACCACCACCCGUAGACACUUUUUGCCCAACCACGGGCGAGAAUAGGCCUGCAUCUCCAUCCAUUCCCGUUAACAUUCCUUCAACUGGCAACUUUUCUCAUGGCGAUUAUGCGCGUUUCCCGGCAAGCCCGCCAAGCGAAAGCUCGUCAACGGCGUCAUCACCUGGCGCUGUCGGACCGGAGGGCUCACGCACAUGGACACAUGGACGACAGAAGGACAAGGUUGGCAUGCACAGACCCCGACACAGUCUCUCCGUUAGUAUUGUUCGCAGGCGAACAAGCUCAGGGGCAAGUUCCCCCGUGACAAGCGGGUCGUACUCAUCGCUAACGCAGUCCCCAGCAGUGUCUUUUCUGGCUUCGCUGGCCGACAUGUCUGCCCCAAAAGGCCCAGUGCAUGGGAUGUACUCGGAAGGUGAUCAGGUCGGCGACUUCCUUCUGGGAAGAGAGAUUGGAUCUGGUGCAUUCGCUCGCGUUUUUGAGGCCGACGUAAUUGACGGACCCCACAAACAGUUGGGAAAAGUUGCCGUAAAAGUAGUGAAAAAAGACCAACCUCGAAUGGAAGAUGGUCAAGAUGUGCAGCAACACAUUGACCAUGAGACAACUAUUUGGGCGCGUCUCCGCCACCCUCACGUCCUGGAAAUGCUGGAAUUGAUGGAUGCCGACGACGCAGUAUUUGUUGUGUGUGAACUUGCAACCGAUGGCAACUUGCUUGACCUGAUCGUGAAAGAAGGUCGUCUAUCGGAAGCCCAUGCCCGCAACCUGUUCAGGCAGAUUGCUGAUGCAAUUCGAUACUUGCACGAGGAGAUACAGGUGGUGCAUCGCGACAUCAAGUGCGAAAAUAUCUUGCUGGACUCUCAAGGAAACGCAAAACUUGCCGAUUUUGGAUUGUCUGUCGAAUUAGCGCCGCCGUCGCCGGAGGCGUCUCACAAUGGGGCAUCUCCAAAUGACCCUGUCUUUUGUCAUGGUUCGCUGCACUAUUGUGCCCCAGAAGAGCUACGACAAACCACGCACAGCAACCCUGCCUCGGAUUUGUGGUCUUUAGGAUGUGUCUUGUAUGCGAUGCUCACAGGAGCUUUACCCUUCAACGAUGGGUUUCCUCCUCGAUUGCAGGCCAUGAUCAUCAAUGGUCGAUACGAUGCAGAAAAAUUGGACCGAGCGGGAGUCUCAAAGGAAGCCAAGGACCUGAUUGCGGGCAUGUUGAAGACAAAGAUUGAGGAGCGAUUCACGAUGCGCGAGAUUUGGAACCAUCCUUGGAUCCUGUGCCAAGAUUGAAAGUGGCCUGGCUGGCUACACCUGUACAGUUUUGGAACGUUACAAUUUUGAUUAGCAUUUUUAUUCCAGUUUUGUUUAUUGUAUUAUAGUCCUUUUUUUAUGUUGCAUGAAGUGCGUAUUUACUGCAUGGUUGUGCAAUACUAUAUCACAUUAUCAUUAUUCCUUG